GGCGACCUACAUAAGCUCCCUCCUCCUCGCAUCGCAUCACCACCGAAAAAUUCCACAAAAUUCAACAAACAAUCCAAGGCAAGCCCAACCCGAGGAGAUCGACCGAGCUCGAGAUCAGCGAGCCAGAAUGGCGGGCAUGGUGUUCGGCUUGGAUGCCCCGAUGAUGACCGCGCUGCAGCACCUGCUGGACAUCCCGGACGGCGAGGCCGGCGGGCACGGCAACGCCGGCGGCGAGAAGCAGGGCCCGACGCGCGCCUACGUCCGCGACGCGCGCGCCAUGGCGGCCACCCCGGCCGACGUGAAGGAGCUGCCGGGCGCGUACGCGUUCGUGGUGGACAUGCCGGGGCUGGGGUCCGGCGACAUCCAGGUGCAGGUGGAGGACGAGCGGGUGCUGGUCAUCAGCGGUGAGCGCAGGAGGGAGGAGAAGGAAGACGCCAAGUACCUGCGGAUGGAGCGCCGCAUGGGCAAGCUGAUGCGCAAGUUCGUGCUCCCCGACAACGCCGACAUGGAGAAGGUCUCCGCCGUGUGCCGCGACGGCGUGCUCACCGUCACCGUCGAGAAGCUGCCGCCGCCCGAGCCCAAGAAGCCCAAGACAAUCCAGGUCCAGGUCGCCUGAGAUGCAUCGUGUGCGCGUCGAAUCGAAUCAGAGUGUCAGUGGGUAGUGUCUGUCCUCUGAUUUCAUCUGCUAGUACGGUUAUCUGAGAGAGAGGGUGUGUACUGUCUGUUCGUGCGUACUGAUGGUUGUUUGAUGCUUCGUUAAUGGAAAUGCAGAUGUUCUCAUGCUUUGCCUGAAUAAAACAUUCGAAUCUUGAAAUUUUGAAGCGUG